CUCAUCAGGUUUAUGCUCUUUAUCAAAUUCGUGGUAUUCAUAGUUUAUUAAUAUCUGAUUAUAUUUUUGCUUACGCAAUAUUAGAAAUGACCAAAGAAAAUUUUGAAUUAUUGUUAGAGGAAGCGAAAAGGGGACGUGACGAAAAAAUGGAACCACCAUCCGGUUCUACUUAG